AUGGACGGCACGACAAGCGCCCUACGGGGAAGCGGGCACAGGCCCGUCUCAAGUUCGUGGGCAGACAUGCUGGUCCCCCAGAAGUCCGCGACGAUUCCGCGCGCCUGGUGCCGUGUCCCUGUCGCCGCCGGCCCUGCAACUCUUCGCAAGGGCGCCACCAUCAUGAAGCGUGUUGGACGGUCCGCGGACAUGCGUGUGGUAAGGCAGCAGCAGGCGAUGGCGGCCCAGGGCGCUGCGCAGGCCGAGGUCGUCGAAGAAGUUCAGGAGGCGCAGCGGGCGAGCCGGCGUCGCCUCAACUCGUUCAUGCAACCGGCAGAGAACGCCAUGUUGGAGCUGGUCGGAGAGCCUCUCUCGAGAGCAGAGAUGGCGAGCGCUAUCAUGCGCGCCAAGGUGGACGUCGCAAAUUGCUUCCUGCACGAAGAGUACGCCGACUUGUCAGAUCAGAGAAGCCUCGCCAAGAAGAGCACAUAUUCCAAGAGGGUCGUCCCCCUGAAGCGACGUUUCGUCGAUUAUUCUUCCAUCAACUUCGAAUACGCCAGCGGUGGAAAUGGCGGCGCCAUCUACAGCGAGCUUCACCCCAUACUUUCCAAGGCUGUCCAGACAGGCGUCAAGGAAAUCGACGUCAACAUGGCAUCCAUCACAGAGGCCGGAGUCCACCUGCGAUCCAUUCGUCGCAACCCUCGAAUUCCCCUCGCCGCCAGCGGCAUCCCCGAUCUGUCAGACAUUGCCGACGCCAACGAGCCAAGCAUCCUCACCUUGGAACCCGGCGAAUCCAUGGUAUCAGAUGCCAAGUCUCCCACGAAGCGCCAGCCUACCCAGUCUCCUAGCCCUCCCAAGAACAAGAGCUUCCGCAAGAGACUCAGCGACACGAUUGUUCGGCUGUUGCCCGUUUCUUCCUCUCGCGCCGAGCCCUCUCCCUCUCCCAUCAAGCCGCCUUCUCCCCCGCCGCCCAGGAAAGACGGUUCUCCCCGCCAGAGGACGCCCUCUAUUACCAUUCCCAAGAGCCCCAGCGCGGCCAGAUCCUCUUCGCCUGUGUCGGCAAACUCUACCCCUGGCAUCAUUCGCUGGACUAAGUCUCCCAAGGAGUCACCUUUCUCCCGCUGGCGACCGAAGCGCAAGUCAGAGCCAAUCCCUACUCUCGCGGCACCCUCUUCUCCUUCUCGCGACGAGCCCGACUCUUCUUUCUCCGACAUUACUAUGGGCGACAGCUCUAUCUUGGAAGGAUCUCCUGCACACCUGUCUCGUCCCAAGGCCCCUACUCCUUCUAAGUGGAGUGGUCUGAGGCCUUCGACUCCUAGCCGAGCGUCCCCUCCCGCCGCUGUUACUGCGUCUAGUAAUGACAGAGCCUCUUUGGAAUUGGUCAAGUCGCUGCCAGAAUGGAUGCAGCAUAGCCAGUCACCCUCCACGGUCCGACAAUACGAUCCUGCCCACAUUGAUUUCAGACCCUCCUCUCCCUCCUUUAGCGGUUCUGUGCCGUGGGUUAACAGCCCGGCCGACGCAAUCGAGAAUGGGCGCACCAGUAUUGUCAGGCGACGCAAGAGUGAGCCACUGUUCAGAAACAUGCUCAAAUCUCAGAAUGCGCGCCGAAAGUCAUUUUCACCUCAGAAGUCGCUCAGAGGCCAAGAAACGAGUGGAAUCCUGCCCACUGUCAAAGAGCCCGCCUCCCGCAGUCGAGACUUCCCCUCCCAGAUUUCCGGGCAUUCUCAAGCUUCUGUAUACUUCAGUGCUUCGUCUGCUCAGUGUAACCCUCUCGACCCCGAACAUGCCGAAGACAUGGACCUCAGCGACCUCUCCCGUCAGUACAAGAGGAAGAUGCGAGAGACCUGCACACGGCUGGCUGCUCCCCAGAGCGAAGAUAACAUCUUUGUCGAGGAUAUGCACCGCCCUGACAGCAUCUUUGGCGUUCCGACCAUUGAGACUCCCACCGCUGGCGCAGUCGAGCAGCUUUCCAGCUUGGCACAGAACGCAUGCCACGGCAACGCCGGCGUCAUGGUUGUCGAGUCUGAUGGGCGCCUCUGGGUUCGGUUUAAGCUGCCGCCCAGAUAUACCCACUUGUUUCCCAAGAACCAGUUGGACGGGCCGUCAUCAUCUGAGAAGUCUCCGUCGGCACCCGAUGCUCCUGUUUUCCGCUUCGUCAAAGAGUUCCCGCGUGAUGAGGAAUCUGAUGUCCAAGCCAACGACGAAACACUUAUUGUGUCCGACUUCAACGUGUCCUCUGCUCAGCCAAUCUCGUCGCCGCCGCUACCUGACAACGACGAGAACGUGGAUCCUCGUGCCCAAGCCAACGACGAGACUCUUAUUGUUUCCGACUUCGACGCUUCCUCCGUCAGGCCAACUUCAUCGUCGCCGUCUCGUGAAGACUCCUCUGCCCGCGCCAAUGACGAGACCCUGAUCGUCUCCGAUUUCGACGUCUCUUCCGCCGGGCCCUCCGAUGGCAGCACCACCGUUCCUGGCUACACGGAGCCGACUCCGGCAAAGGCUGCCAAGUCUGUCCCUGGUUCGGACAGUUCCUCCUCUCUCUCCGAGCUGGAGCGAACGCCCGACUUGGACAAGGCCGCCGAGUCAAGCAUCGCCAGCAUGGUCGCUGCCGUCCACUCCGCCGCCGCACCUACUCUCAGCUCCUCGUUCACGCCUGUGAACCAGACCAGUGCUCACGCGAGUUCGAUAGACAGCUCGAACCGUGGCACCGAGUCCGAGGCCAAGGUCCGCAACCACGACUCUCCGGAGCGUGAUUACCUGCGGGACUUUAUCAGACGUUCGCGGCCCCGAGCCCGACGUCAGUCCACUGAGAGCGGCUCCCCUAUCGCACCGGCGCAGCGUCUUCCUCUUGGAGCUAGAAGCCCUAACAUGGAGACUCAGCAAAAAGAGAAGCGCAAGUUCGACAGCAGCGAAGGAGAAGAGAACGAGUUCCAGAGCACUGCUGAGCCUCCCACCAAGAGAGUUCGCAGCGCUCCUCGAUCCUCUCCGCGAAAGUCGACUGUUCCGGCCAACAGCCAGUCCGACGAUGAGGAUCCUCUCGCGAAGGACACGGCCGCGGCACAAGCGAAGACGGUCGAGAACGCGGACGCGCCGGCAAACGCCGUCGAGCCUCAAGAGGCUCCAGCCGCUGCCGCCGCCGUAUCUCGCCGAUCGACCCGCUUGAGGAACAGGCCAAGCGCGAUCCCCAAGUCCUCGAUCCCGGCCCCCGUCAAGGUGGGCCGUGGACGUCCCCCUACAGGCGCAACGCUGGGUUCGGUGCGCACCGAGCAGCAGGACUUGGUCCACCAAACCCGCGCCAAUACUCGCCGCAACAAGGGGAACGCGGAGUACCCUGCCCAGUUUCUGGCCAGGCGAUCCGAAGAGGACGAGGGAGGGGACGGAGAGCUGGCGGCUGGCCAGCAGGAUGAAGCCGAGGCUUCCACAGCACGGCGCGGUAAGAGCGUCGUCUGGAAGGAGCCUCUGGCGGACUUCCAGGAGGAGGAGAAGCCCAAGAGGGGGCGGGGAGCGGCGGUUGCGGCGAGAGCCCAGCCGGCCAGCAACCGGGUGUCAAAGCCCGGGCCCAAACCCUCGGCGGCGAACCAGAGGCAGCGGUCGACGAGACUGGCUGCGGGCCUGGGCAUGGCCGGGAACGGGACGCCGGCCCCGAAGCGCGCGACCCGCGCGUCGACACGGAGUCGGAAGUGA